AUGGCCGCGGUUUCCAAGGCAACGUCGCCGCUUUCUUCGGCCCGACCCGGAAGGAGCCCGAACUCGCAAGGGCGGGCCUCUGAGAUGGGAAAGACUUCCGGGUCACGGCGGAGCGGGCGCUCACGUGGAGGUGGGGAAAGCUGGCCUAGCGGCAUGGUUACUAAAGCCCACAAAGGGGACCUGAGCCCUGGGCUCUCUGAGAGGAAGAAAAAGAAGAAGAAGAAGAAGGUUAUUAAAGAACCAGAGGCUGGAAAGUCUGUUUUAAACAGCGACACUUAUUUCAUUCCUUCAAAGCCCACAUCUCCCACCAAGAAUACUGUUCGUGGAAAGACACCCGAGAUGCUAAUGAAGAAGAAGAAGAAAAAAAAGAAGGACCUCAGCACCCCCUUGGAGGAGCCCGCAGGACUUGAGACCACGUUUCAUAGGCAUUACCAGUCCAAGUCACCCAGACAGGCCAAGUCACCCAACGGAACAAAGUCACCCAGGCCCCGGAAGCAGGAGCUCCCUAAUGGGGAGAAAAAGAAGAAGCCCUUGUGGCCUCUCAGUAUGUCCCCUGACUCUAGGCCAAAGAGCUCCUUGGGCUCCAGACAAUGUGAGGAGGUGACCAAAGUUAACAAGAAGCUCAAAAAAUACAAGAAGGAGAAAAAGGCCCAGGACCCCCUUUCUUGGCUCUGCAAGAGCAAGGAACAUCCACACGCUUGCCCAGAGAGGCAGGACUGUGAGGGUCAGGCAGCCUUUGGGCAGAAACGGAAGCAGGGGAGCCCCCGGGAAUAUGGUGUGAAGAUGAAGAAGAAGAAAAUCCACCAGGAGGGAGACACCACCCUGGGCCACUCCAGCCUCUCCAAAUCCUUGGAGAGCAGUCCUAGGAAAAGGACUAAGAAGAAGCUGGCCAAAGUCGAGAUUCCAGAAUGCAGCCCCAUAGGAGACGGCCUCUGCACCCCCACAAAAAAGAAAAUGAAGCUCAAGGAAAAGGCAGAGCUACCAGAGGUCAAGGAAACAUCUCUGAAGAAAAAGAAAAAGAAGAUGAGGAAAGAGAGCAUUGCAGCUGAACAACCUGGGGAGGAAGAGGAGCACAGAGCCAGCCAGCUGAGUAACCUCGAGCCAGCCUAUGCCUUGUGGUCCUCAAAGUCGGGACGGAGGAUUUGCAUGAGCAGAGCCAUCCGGGGAACGCCACAGUCUUCACACAAGAUGCUGGGUUCCAGGUGCAGCACUAUUAAAGAGUCCAACACUGACCUGGAGGUGGUGCUGGAGAAGAAGGGCAACGUGGACGAGGUGCACAUAGAUCAGGUAAGGCGCAAGGCCUUGCAGGAAGAGAUCGACCGGGAGUCGGGCAAAACAGAAGUUCCUGUCACCAAGAAGUGGACGGGGACCCAGUUUGGCCAGUGGGACACUGCUGAUUUUGAGAAUGAGGAAAAGAAGAUGAAAUUUCUCAAACUCAUGGGCGGCUUUAAAAACAUGCCCCCUUCAUUCAGACGCCCCCCAAAUCUGAUGGUCAGGCCCAACAUGGCCUUGGGCAGGAAGGCGUCAGAUAGCCUGCAGCAGCAGCUCAUGCAGGACUACGACCGGGCCAUGAGCUGGAAGUACAACCGGGGGGCCGGCCUCGGCUUCUCCAGCAUUCCAAACAAAGUCUUCUAUAUUGACAAGAACGCUUCCAAGUCCACCAGGUUUGAAGAUUAAACGCUACUGUCUUGUGUCCUUCCCCUGCCCCACCCCCAAACAGGACCGUUUUUAUUA